CUCCGGACUCGGACAGCGAGCAAGUUAAAGGACCUUAAACUCACCUCCUCGGAAGUGUCAUUGUUUUUUUUUUUUGCACAUUUCGCCUCAGUUUAUCUCCUCAGUCUAAGAAGAGUGACACGGUUUUAGUCGGCAGCUGCUCUAUAGUUUCUGGACGAACUGAUUGACUGACUGACUGGCGGGCUCCUCCUCCGGCGGCUCUUCGUCCUCGGCGCCACUCGGCUCAUCACGUGACUGCUCCGCCACAACUCCGCGGCGCGCGCGGCAGCCAUGAUGCAGGAAGGGUUAGACGACGGCCCUGAUUUCCUCUCAGAAGAAGACCGAGGACCCAGGGCAGUGAAUGUUGAUCUUCAGACAGAUGCAACUCUUCAAGUUGACAUUUCAGAUGCGUUGAGUGAAAGGGACAAAGUUAAAUUUACCGUUCACACAAAGAGCACACUACCAAAUUUUAAACAAAACGAGUUUUCUGUUGUUCGGCAGCAUGAGGAAUUCAUUUGGCUUCAUGAUUCCUUUGUUGACAAUGAAGAAUAUGCUGGUUAUAUCAUCCCCCCAGCACCACCACGUCCUGAUUUUGAUGCAUCAAGAGAAAAACUGCAAAAACUCGGGGAAGGGGAAGGUUCCAUGACCAAGGAAGAGUUUACCAAAAUGAAACAAGAACUUGAAGCAGAAUAUUUGGCUAUCUUCAAGAAAACAGUUGCUAUGCAUGAGGUUUUCUUGUGUCGGGUAGCAGCCCAUCCCAUCCUGAGGAAGGACAUCAAUUUCCAUGUGUUUUUGGAAUAUAAUCAAGAUCUAAGUGUACGAGGUAAAAACAAGAAAGAGAAGCUUGAGGACUUUUUUAAAAAUGUGGUCAAGUCGGCUGAUGGAGUGCUGGUCGCAGGUGUAAAGGAUGUGGAUGAUUUCUUUGAGCAUGAGAAGACAUUCCUUUUAGAGUAUCACAAUAGAGUUAAAGAUGCAUCGGCCAAAUCAGAUAAAAUGAUAAGAUCACAUAAAAAUGUUUCAGAAGAUUUCAAUAGAAUUGCUGCAACUUUAUACACUCUAGGAACCCAAGACUCAACUGAUGUAUGCAAAUUUUUCUUGAAAAUAUCAGAGUUACUUGAAAAAACUAGGAAAAUAGAAGCUCGGGUGGCUGCUGAUGAGGACCUGAAACUUGCUGACUUGCUUAAAUAUUAUUUGAGGGAAUCUCAAGCUGCAAAGGAUCUCCUCUACCGAAGAGGGAGGGCAUUAGUUGAUUAUGAAAACGCAAAUAAAGCAUUAGACAAGGCCAGAUCUAAAAGUAAGGAUGUCCUCCUAGCAGAGACCAGCCAACAGGUUUGCUGUCAAAAGUUUGAAAGGAUAUCAGAAUCCGCAAAACAAGAGCUUAUAGACUUCAAAACCAGAAGAGUUGCAGCUUUCAGGAAAAACCUUGUAGAACUGGCAGAACUGGAACUCAAACAUGCAAAGGGCAAUUUACAGCUGCUGCAGAGCUGCCUGGGUGUGCUCAAGGGGGAGUUAUAAGCGGCAUCAUGUCUGAUCACUGCUAAGGGCUGCGUCCAUCUUGGUUCAUGUUGUCAUAGAGGAGAGGGGGGGUCCGGUGGGCUCGUAACGACAGACGACAACCCCACCUGACCAGUCUGAACCUGAGAUUGGAGAGCUUCCGUGGAUGAAACACAUUUUCCACAAAGCACAAAGUGUACACCUUUAUAUUUAAUCACUCAAAACGCUUUUAAUGUUACCAAACAAACAUUUGGUUUUGUGGCCGUCACAAUAUAAAUGUUUUGUUCCAUUUUUUGCCCAAUUAUGGCAUAGCGUCCUGCACAGAGACUGAUCAGUUAACGCCGCUUCUCUGAACUAUUGUACAAAAUGAGCUAAAUCUAAUUAGGUAUUCAAGUAUCUCAUUAUACAGAGCUUUGUAUAUGUUGUUAUUAGUUUUUACGAUACAAAACUGCUAUUGAACAUC